CACACUUAGAAAGUUAAACCCUAACCCAACACCUUCGUCCUCAAUGGAGGCUAAGACCGGCUCUCUUUCUCUCUUUUUUUUAACACUUCCAACCUCACUAAAUUUUUUUCAUCUCGGAUAUUAUUUUCAGCUUAAUCAUCGCAGAUGAUGUUUUUGCAAAUUUCCUUCAGAAUGGAUAAGGAAAAGGACAACCGACUUCCCGAAGUCGAGGACUCGUCCGACGACGAAGAUUAUUUGACUAUCUCCCUCCCAUCUGCAGAGGAUCUCCGGAAAAUCAGAGACAGGGUGAUUCUGAACAGCAAAUUCCACCAGCGGUUCCGGCAGAACACGGCCCAGAAGACGGUGAAAAGUGCACCCGCGCUGCCUCCCUGCCAACCUCGUGUCCAGGUUGAUAGCACACGCAUGCCACAACUUCAGGUGCCAUCACUAGGUCAGAUGAAGCCCUCUUUCAAGGUCAUUCCCCAGGACAAUACUGACCUACGCCAUUUUCUCACCGCUGUUAAGCUUACCGAAGCACCUCGACCCAUUUCGGAGAGACUGUCCUGUCCUGGGGACAGCCGGAAAAGGUUUGAGAGGGACUGGCAUGGACAGACUAGCCAGGGAGGGAAUAGGAACGGUAUGACCCAGAAGCGUUCCCGGCUUGAACACCGUCUUGGGCCCGCAGUCACAACCGAACGCAUGUCAGAAAGGCUCUACUACGGCAAUGAAAGCCACGGCAAUCGGCGUUGUAGCGUUAAGCAACGGCUUGGAUACUGAGCGUUAAGCAACGGCUUGUGUCAUGUAACUGUACAC